AUGGCCAUGUAUGCUCAACAAACAGGUCACCUUGAUGAGCAAUUUCGUCAGGUGGAGGACUUGCAGGAUGAAGCUAGUCCUAAUUUUGUGGAAGAAGUUGCUGUGUUGUUUUUCAAAGAUUCAGGCAGGCUAAUAUCAAACCUUGAGCAAGCUUUGGAGAAGUACCCCAGAGAUUUCAAUAGGUGGGAUGCAUACAUGCAGCAACUGAAAGGCAGCUGUUCCAGCAUUGGUGCUUCUAGGAUGAAGAGUGAAUGCAUGUCAUUCAAAGAUAACUGUGGGAAAGAAAAUGUUGAAGGUAUCUUUACUACUAUCUGCCGGAAACUGAAAAGCAUGAGAGGAUCUGAUGCUGCUGGAAUAGGCGCUUUUGAUCUUUAUAUAUUACAGAACAUAAAGAAGAUCAGCAAAGGAUGAAAAGCUGACAUAAAAUAUUUGCUGUAUUUCAGAGCAUGCUGAAGCAAGGUGAUUCUGAAAAGAUUAUGGAUGGUACUGAUUUCUACCCUGACGAUGACGAAGACCUGAGCCGCAAGCAUAAGUUUAAGACCUGGCGUGGCAAGAUCGACGGCACAGAUUAUGGAUGGCACUGAUUGCUAUGAUCCUUUUCUCUGGUGUUUACUUUAGUUUUACAAUGUUCCGAACUAGAGUUUCGUACUACAAAGUCUUUACUUUAGUUUAUAAUGUUUCGAACAGAGUUUGUCAUUUUGUCUGAUCGAGAAAUCUGGUGUGUUAUAAUCUUUAUCUUGUAUGAUUCAAAAUACUCUUUAUGCUACUUUUCAAAUAGUUCAAUUGCACUCUCAAA